AUGCUACAUCGGCGUAACAUCGAACCAGGCGCAACGCACCAGACCUUGACCCCGUCAUUCUUCAAAAGCCUGUGCCAUUCCAACAUCAUCAUAUUCAAGCCCGCCUUACUGCUUCUGUACGCCGAGUUGCUUGGAGGCUUCGGUAGGCCUGGAGGGGGGACUUUGUGCAUAAGGGGCUGGACGUUGCUUACUUAG